UCGUGAUAAGCAAAGCGUAUAUGUACCAAAGCACCUCUUGUAGUGGAAUCUAUUCUUUCUAUGUGAUCGGGUAGGAGCUGAUGAGUUCUGGGAGAAUGGUAUGCAGGUUGGCUUGGAGCUACCCCAGUUCCGCAGGUUGUCACAAAAAUAUUCAGUCAGCGAAAGGGCUCCAAAUGGCCUAAUUGGGCCCACUGGCGGGAAUGUGGCCAUGGCGAGAAUGGUUGCGAAUCACAACCGAUCCAGGUCUAGGCAACGGGGCGAGAUUAUCAUGGUCAUGGUAAGUCCCACGGGCCCAUAUUGGCUACGAGCCGUCACCCAUGAUGUUUCUGAUGGUCCUUGAGGGUCAGCCUGGGCCCAGCACGUGAGGGGCGUCGCCAGGAGGAGCCACUGGUUUGCAAACG